AUUAUUGAAAAAGAGCUUGAGCUCUCUAGGGUGGUUCCUGAGGGUGUGACUCACACCAAAGGCAUGCAGUGAAUGAGUUUACAGACAGACCGAUGCAGUACAUACAGCUCACAUGCUAAUAGUAUAGCAUGAGAUUUGUGACCCAAAUACAUCUUUCUGCCUGAGAAACAUUGCUGUGGGACACUGGGAAGGAAGGAUGCCUCUUGGCUGUGUUAACAGACGGCUGGUUAGACAGGAAGUCAGCGUCUUCUGUGCUUUUGCAUCUUGCUACCAGAGGGGAGGGGUGUAACAUGACACCAGCCAUUUUCCCCUCACUGGCUACGAGAGAGACUGCAAGAGCGCUUGCUCACAGAUGUGGUUAAUGUCUCUGUGUUUUAUUUGACCGUAGGGAGAACACAUCCUUAUCUCGUACCAAAAUGGCGGAUGAACUACGGAUUGUGCUGCUUGGCAAAACUGGUGAUGGGAGAAGCAGUGCUGGAAACACCAUCCUGGGUGGAGACUUCUUUGACGUGUUGAGCUCACCGGAGUCCACCACACACAAAUGCACUGUCCAGUCCAACAAAGUCAACGAGAGGCUGAUUUCCAUCAUCGACACUCCCGGGUUUUUCGACACCCGUUUGAGUGAGGACCAACUGAAACCUGAGAUUGUGAGGUGCAUCACGGAGUGCGCUCCGGGGCCGCACGCUUUUGUGAUAGUGCUCCGGGCAGGACGGUACACCGACCAGGAGAUGGCGGUGGUCCGGAAGAUCACCGAGUCGUUCGGGGAAGAGGCCUUCCGUUACGCCGUCGUCCUUUUCACCUUCGGGGACGACGAGGUCGAUGGCGAAGAAUGUGACACCAUUGAGGAGUUUGUGGCGACUAGUGAGGAGUUACAGGAGCUUGUGGACAAGUGUGGAGGCCGCUGUCACGUCAUCGACAACAAAUACUGGGCCAAGGCUCAGAAGGGCUACAUGAGCAACAAAAGGCAAGUCGAAAAACUGCUAAAAACUAUCGACAAGAUGGUCGCCAACAAUGGAGGAAGCUGUUACACCAACGACAUGCUGCAGGUUGUCGAAGAGGGAAUAAAAGCCGAGACAGCCCGUCUCCAGGAGGCCGAAAAUGAGAAGGACGAGGAAGAAAUAAAGCACCAAGCUAAGGAGAACAUUCAUCGAGUACUCAUGAUGAUCCUCGGGGGUGUGGCUGGGGCCCUUCUGGGUGCCCUGUUCGGACUUGCAGUAACUGCAUUGUCUCCAGACCCUGCAUCGAAAACUGUGUUCAUCAUGUUAGGAACUGUCCAAGGGGCCAUAGCAGGAGUCAAAGCAGCAAAGCAUGAGAAGAGCAUCAAGGGUGCCCUGUCCAAGGCCUUUCAAGCAAAUCUGUGUUGUUUCACAGAUCGAUUUUCUAGUGACUAAUGAAAUUGUAGAAAACAUACAUGUUUUGUGGAAUCACUUAUUUAUUAACAAUCCCCUAUUUUUCAUUUAAGUUAUAAACGUCUAUGCCAAAGCCAUAAAGUCAUAUUUGAGUAUUUUUGUCAAGACAAGGGACAAGUAUCGUUUGAUCAAUGGAUUUCAUGUUCAUGUCAAAUUUUAUAUUUUGGUGUCAAAUCUCAAUUUUUUUAAAUGUGCCUUAUCUCCCAAGCCAUUCAAUUGUUUUCCAUGAACAGCAAUUUUGUUGUGUUGCUCAGUGAAGAUAUACAUUAUAUCCUUAUGUCUGGCUGAAAUUAUAUAUGACUAAAUCUUAUUCCAUGGCUUUUGCUGUGUCUGUUUUCCAUGAAGCACUUGUAUUGUGUACUCCAAUGUGGAUGCACUCACCCUUGGAACCACUGGAACUUAUAUCACAGUAUAAAUCACAAAACCUACAGUCAAACUUUUACAAUGUUGUCUGAAGAAAUAUCCGUGCAUAGCACCAAGUUAACACCAAGUUGUCAUAAUUUUAGUUAGUGAUUUACGUUGAAAAGAGUGUAUAAAAAUAAAAUGUUAAAAUAGAAACUUUGUCCAACUGUUUGUGCAGCAUACAACCUGUUUGGAUUGGAUGAAUAAUGAAACCCUAUUGGUUGGUAUGAAUGUAUGAAUAGGUAAUCAUGAUGUGUGACGUUUCCGUCAGAUUAGAUUGCCUUACAGAUUAAAAGAUACACUAUGCUUUAUCAAAUAGU